AUGAAGUCCUUCUUUCGCUCGGGCUCCGCCCCUCGUGUGCUCCAGGCUAGCUUCAUCCCAAGACCAGUUGCUGUUGUCACUGGUGCAGUUGCGCUUUCUGCAUUCACGUACUACGCAUUUGACGCCAGAGCUGGUUUCCAUGAAUAUGUCCUUUGUCCCCUCAUCAGAACCUUUACUGAUGCAGAGACUGGACAUGUCUUGGGUAUCAAGUUCAUGAAAUACGGCCUUGCUCCAAGUUUGAGAGGUAAGGAUUCACGCUUGGAAAAGGAGCUUUCCCCACUUCUUGGAGUUGAUGUUUUUGGAACUAGAUUGAAGUCGCCCAUUGGUCUUGCUGCCGGUUUGGAUAAAGACGGUGAAGCAAUUGAUGCCUUGUUCAACACCGGCUUUUCAUACGUUGAAAUUGGAUCCAUUACUCCGGAACCACAGCCAGGUAACCCAAAACCACGUUUUUUCCGUUUACCCCGUGAUGACGCUGUUAUCAACAGAUACGGCUUCAAUUCCUCGGGCCACUUUAAUGUUGUUGCAACUUUGGCAAAAAGACUUUCAUCUAAAUUGAACGGGAACCCGCUGCCAGAGUCUAACUCAUUCCGUGAUGGUACACUUUUAGCUAUUAACCUCGGUAAAAAUAAGACUGGUGACGAAGUCGAAGACUACGUCAAGGGUGUCCAACGUCUUGGUCCAUAUGCUGAUGUUUUAGUUGUCAAUGUUUCUUCGCCAAACACUCCGGGCUUGCGUGACUUGCAGAAUGAACUGAAACUUACCAAUUUGUUGACUACUGUUGUUAGUGAAAGGGAGAAAAUGGGUGCAAACAAGCUUGGAAAGAAGCCACCAGUAUUGGUGAAAGUUGCUCCAGAUUUGAGUGAGCCUGAAAUCGAGUCUAUUGCUAAUUCAGCCAAGCUGGCUAAAGUUGAUGGCAUCAUUAUCUCAAAUACCACGAUCCAGAGACCACAAGGCUUGUUAACAACUGACCAAAAACUCAUUUCCCAAACUGGAGGUUUGUCUGGUAAACCUUUGAAACCUUUGUCAUUGAAGGCGUUGAGAACAUUGAGAAAAUACACUAAGGACUCUGAUUUAGUCUUGGUUGGAUGCGGUGGUAUUUCAUCGGGACAAGACGCUUUGGAGUUUGGAAAGGCCGGUGCAACUUUUGUGGAGUUGUACACCGCUUUCGCAUACAAAGGACCAGGUUUGCCUGCCAAGAUUAGAGAUGAGCUUGCAGUGUUGUUGAAAAAGGAAGGCAAGACAUGGCAGCAAAUCAUUGGAGAAGAUGAUAAGUAA